AUGUAUGCUGUUUUGUACGGAGCGACCGACAACAACAACAACAACAACAACGGCACCAACAAAACAGGAAGUGAUGGUUCGGGAAGUGAUAAAGAUGGGCGCCCCGUUUUCCCGUUUACAAGUCUCGGCAACGGCAAAGGGGAUAACGGAACCAAUAUUUCCAUCCGGGGUCUUACCCUGCUGUUGACCUUCUUGACGGUUGGAGUGCUGUUUUGCGUCUUGUUGCCUUUUGUCAUCCCGAGACUGCGUCGGAUUUGGAGGCAACGCCUAGAAACGAACAACGAGGAGGAUCAUAGAUCGAGCGUGGACGAACAGGGCAGGAUUCAGUUAAGGUAUAGUGCCAUUGAAUCAUGGUUGGUGAGCAAACAGGUCUUGGCGCACGAUGACUUGUGUCGCAGAGUUCUGCAGCACAAUGGCAAGGAAUGUUGGGAACCAGACACAUCGGCACACGGCAAAAACCGCUCGAAAGAACGUACCAUGACUGUAGAGACGUUGAUGUCGGCGGACGACGACAGCAACGACGAAAACCACGGGGAGAUUUGGAGUGAAUGUGACAAUGAAAAUGAAGGCCUCGAAUGUCCUGUUUGUAUGGAUUCCAUACAAGUGGGAGCCAUUGUAUCGUGGUCAGCCAAUCCCAAAUGCAGGCACUAUUUUCACCACGCGUGUAUCAAGGAGUGGCUCCUCAAACACUCCGAUUGCCCCUUUUGCCGUGAAUGCUUUUUACCGACCGAUCAAAUGCCUAGCAAACUAUCCAUGAAACACAUUUCGGAGCUCAUUGUAGCACAACAGCACCGAUCAGCACACUGCUUCUUUUGUCUCGAACACGGUGUUGUUGCAUUGCCUAACAAAUUAGAAGCCUGUUUUGCUGUAGACUCCGACGGCACCAAGGCGCUAUGGCAACGAGCGUCUGCCGUACCGAGCCGCCAGGCGCUCGUAACGUUACGAAAAGUUAAUCACGAACAAGAUUAUUUGAAUCGCACUGGCUCGAGUCAAGAAGACGAAGAUGAUCUCGGCAAUGAUUCCGUAGGUUUUGCACAAGACAGUGAAUUUAACGCAACAGCUUUGAACAGCAACGAGGAUACAAGCAAUGCUUUAAGUGCUGAUGCCAGUAGUGAGGAGGUGGACAUUGUUCCACAAGCAGGAAGUAGCGUAACGGUUGCCUUCGGUGGAGCCGACGGUACGGUUGUGGAUGCGGAUGACGGCGGAUUCAGACGCGAAAAGUGA